UUGGGGAACGCAUUCCUUUAGAAAAGCUACUAUUAAGUUUAAGUGGAAUGCGUGCCAGUGGGCUCAUCAAAGGGUGUUAUUCCACGCUGCAUUCAAGCCCUUGGGGAUUCUCAUUAUAAUUAGCUUAUGCCAGAAAGGCUGCCAACCUUUGUCCCUAAGAGCCAAGAGCAGGACGUGCAGUGUGCUUUCCUCUUGGCAAUAAAGGUCUUUUCCCACUAAAAGUGCUUCCUUCUUAAUAGAAGAAACAGUUUAUGACUGACAGAAGGAGUCAAGCCAGGCCACAGGGAAUGAGACAGCUCUCUGUAUUGGAAACAAAAGGAGAUAAAGCUUUGAGUACUCAGACAUGGAGAUGAAGAAAUGUAGCAUUAUACAUAACCGGACUUAUGUUAGCCAACUUCAAAGAUUCUGCCUUAUUGCCCCUACCUAGCAUCUUGACUUAAGCGUUUUAAGUGCAUAACCUGUGCUCCCAUCUGUGCAAUUGGGUACAUGGACUUGUUUCCUUGCUGCUGAGGGUGGGGCUAGGAAGCAUGUCACUUAAGGGGUUUCUUCCAGAUUACUGUUCUGUGUCCUCAACAGACUGGAAGGUCUGAUACUCCUCAGGGGAAAUCUGGCUUGUGACUCAGUUCAACCCUCAGAUACAGCACAGUGGGGAACACUGGAAUCCAGAGCAUGGUGGUGUGUGUUGUCACUUUCAUUCCAAGUAGAGUCCUAGGAACCAUUCUCAAUAGGAUUUCUUUCCCUACGUUUUCAGUUCUGUGCAUGUGUAUGUUUUAUGUGUCCCCCAUGUUUGUGUACAUGUGUCAUUCCUCACAGUCCUUACAUCUUUUCCUGGAAACAGGGAUCCUACCUCUACCUCUCCUCUACUGAGGCUGCCAGUUUGAUUUGUGGACUCUGAGUAUCCAAAUCAAGACCUGCUUUCCAGACAAGCACUUUACUUGCAGUCCUGUAUAUGUGUUCCCCCCCCAGACAGGGAGGUUGUCCUGGAUUUCACUAUGUAGACCAGGCUGGCCUCGAACUCACAGAGAUCCCCCUGCCUCUAGCCCUUCCGAGUGCUGGGAUUAAAGGAGUGCACUACCAUCACCCAUUUUCUGUGUGUGUUUUAAUGAGUUUUUACCACAGUAAAACAUAGUUUACUUCAAGACUUAUUAUGAAGUCUUUUUCUCCCUGUAAUCUGUCAGCUCCUUCUCGGGACCAGCUUAACCUUCAGUGGUGGUCUCCUUAGGACCUUAGUUUCAUGAUUCUCACAUUUCUCUGAUUGUACAUUCAUAGCAGUUUCUUGUUUAUUGUCUUUAGGCAUUGGUUGACUUAAAAUAAGUGAAGAAUUCUCAAAUCAGCUUAUUUUUGCCUUAAAGUGGUGUUUACUUGUCUCGGAUUUUACACACAAACACCAGAUGCUUGCCACCAGUUCUUCCUAACCAACUUGGUUCUUUAUCAGAUAGUCAGUGUAGGUUAGUGUCUCACUCAAGUGUACAGCUGUUUUUAAAACAUCAAAAUUAUUUGGAUUUGUUUCCAAGUCAGAGUCCACACUGAUCUGUCUUCCCUGGUGACAUUCAUUCUUGGAGUUCUGUGCCUCCUGUAGUUUCUUAUGAAUGAAUGCAGGAGGUCAGUUAUUUUAAGGUCUCCUCUGAAAGCUAGUUUGAUUUGUGAAUUUCUGUGUAGAAGAUCAAGUUCAGAAUUAAACUUUGGACAAUUCAAUUUUGAAAGGUUUUUGUGUGAAAUGUUGAGAUUUGAAAUGAGUUUUUUGUCUUUUGCACUUAAAAUUGGCUACAUGGUAGAUAGCAUGAUUUAGAGGGCUGAGCAAUCUAGAAGUUUUUCAUUCUCUUCAUUUUGUUGGAGCAACCAAAAUGGCUUUGGGCCUUAUUUUUCUAGUUUCUUCCUUGAGAGGCAUUUCUUUAACACGUUCGGUCUUAACUCCAUUUUGUCUGUUGCUCACAUUAAUUGACUUGCCUUGAUUUAGUCCACGAGUACCUCUUAACAUCCCAGCUGGCCGGUCUAAUUCUGCAGUGGUAGAAUCCUCCUGCAAAUCCAGGCACCUCAGUCUCCUCCCAGAGUGUUCUCAUUUAUUGAAUUGUAUUUCUUUCUUUUUUCAUCUUGUGGCUUUUAUUCCUAUGGUGUGUUUUUACUGGUGUUUACAAAGAUGGAAACUUCCAGAUCAUUGAGUAAUUUCUUACAAAGAUUUCUGGGAACCUGAUAUGUAAAAAUGAGUUGAAAGUAGCGAAGUGCUGUGUGGUUGGCCAGCCAACCACUGAUUCUCCGCCAAAUUGCUGUGGCUCAAGAAUUAAUUUUGAAGCAGUCAACAAUGGCUGACUUGACUCUGUGAUGGCAUUUAUUGGGUUUCCUGGGAAUUGAAUCUGAAUACCACCAGGAACAUUUCAAAGAAAUAGCAAGGAAUCUUUGAAAAUGUCCUCAGAAUAGACAGUUUACAUGACAAUAUUUUCUCCUGAUUCGAAAUUCCUAAAGCAGUGUUUCAGAUAUUCAAGAAGCUGUCGUUUUCUAAGAUUCUAACUAAAGACAGUCACCCUCUGGCAGUAGAGUUCCUAGGCUCUGUAGUUCCCAUCUCACGGAUUAAUAUUUGAGGAUUAGAAAGUUAGACAAGGGGGAAACAGUGACCAAGAGAUGGAUCAGGUGCUGUUGCAAAUGAUAGGGGUUUGAGACAAAUUGGGAAAUUUGAGUUCAAAUUUUGUUUUGAACCUGCAGGACAAGGUGAUGGAACAUCUUCAUCUCUUCGAGCUUAAUUUAAAAUGUGACACUUGUGAUAAAAGUUACCAAUUAUAGUCUUCUGGGUCUCAAAAUGAGCAUUCCUGUUCCCCAAAAAGUUCAACCAACUAUGCCCCUAAAGAAAACUGUAAGGGAAACUCAGUAAUGAGCAGGCAGUUGUGCAAGGUACCCCAGAUCAUAAACAACUGCCAGUCUUGUGUCCAGGCUAAGGGAGCAGCCUGAGUCUGGCACCUUCAGGCAACCGUCCUCCACUGUUACAGCCUUUUGUGUACACCAGAGGGCAGAGCUGCUUGGCAGGGAUAGAAGGGAAAUAAGACUGGUUUUCCCAAGAGGCAGAUAAUGUGCCUAAGUUUAGAAGAUAUCAUCUUGGAAUGAUGAAAUGUGCAAUCUUUGUACUCACAAUUUUUUUUUUUUAAAGCUCAUUGGAGACCCAGGAGUCCUCUGUUCUAGUUUAGACCUUUAAAAGUCUCCCUAAAGGCAAGUGUCAAAGGCUUGCUUAGUCACCAGCCUGUGGCACCGCUGGGAUGUGGUGGACCUUUAAGUGUGGGACUUGGUGGAAGGCAGAUCGUUAGGGUCAUGCCCUUGAAGGGCAUACUUGGACCUGGUCCCUUCCUCUCCUUUGCUUCUUGGCUGCCAGGGGACAAAGCCUCUUUUCUCUGCUGUACCCACUACCGUGUUUUCUCUUGCUACAAGCCUGGGCCAAAGGUCUCCAACAGUGUGCUAGUAUAAACCUUUAUAACAGCAGACUGAUUUUAGAUACUUUGAACAGAGGAAUGGAAAGCUAACACACUGGCCAUCAUACAACUAUUCUUCCUGUUUACUGCAGCUCUCUGGUCAGUCUGGAGUCCCUGCACACCAGCUUGUCACGGCUGUAGCACCUGCCCGAGGCAGUGGUACUUAUACACAGGAGCAUACCAUAGCAGAAGUGCUGGGCGUGUGUGGUCAGCUGACUCAGCCCAGCCACUUCCACUGAGUAAGGACUUUGGACUUCAAUUUAAUAAGAACUAUAUUAGUUACCAAAUUAAUCAAGGCUUGGUGGUUUGUUGUCUUAAAGCUAAAGUUUCAGGAAUGCAUAUCUAAAACUCUCAGACAAUAUGGGUGAAUCUUGCAUUGCGUGGCUAAAUUAACACUAAAUAUAGACCACCAAUUAUGUGCUGGGCUAAUGGGAGCACUUGUGAGGAGCAGCAGGAAGAUCAAGAACAACUACAGAAUUGGUAGGAAGUUUUGCUGUCAUUGCUCCCGAAUAGUUGUCUUUCACAGGCAACUGAGCAGUCAGUGCUCACAUCUUUGGACAAUGACUCACUCCUCCCAGGAUGCCCGGCCUCAUGGCAUCCACGAAGAAGGGAAACUCUAUGUUGUGGAUUCCAUAAAUGACUUAAACAAACUCAAUCUUUGUCCGACAGAAUCGCAGCAUCUAUUCGCUUUAGAGGAGAAAAUCCCAAACACUGGUACAAACCCAGGAAAUGGAAGCCGAGGUCUGUUUUUUGUGGGGCUGCUCCUGGUGUUGACAGUCAGCCUAGCUUUGGUCUUCUUUGCCAUCUUCCUAAUAAUUCAGACAGGAAACGAGAUGGAGGAUGUGUCAAGAAGGCUGACAGCUGAGGGAAAGGACAUAGAUGAUCUUAAGAAAAUCAACAGCAUGAUCGUAAAGCGGCUCAACCAAUUGGACUCGGAACGGAACUGAAAGGAUUUUCCCCAAGAGUGGCCACGGAUGCCUGGAGCUUCUCACUUGCCUGGAAAGUACGUAGGUUAAGGACUGAGAAAGUGAACUUCAGGCAGCAGAUCUGGUCUGUUAUACGGGCUGGUUCAAGGACCGGAAUCGUUCCUAGGCAAGCCAGAAAGUGGUGAACUUGAUUCAGGCUCAUUUCCUGCUAACCGGUUGCUUCAGCUUCAGUGGGGUUAGGGUGGUGGGGGCGAGCAUGGAGAAGAAUCAACAGCAUGCAGCUGCUUACAGAAAAGGAGCUUGGUUUAGAAGACUUCCAGUGCUCUACUGAGGUCUAUGAUGCCUCCGGCACCUGUGCAGAUUCCAGGGAAUCCACGGAACUGUCUUUGUUGGAGGCGAACCAGGUGGUCACUCUUUUCAGUAGCACACUUUGUUCUAUUGGGGUGACACACUUGGACGACAGCUUUUGAGCGCUGCUGUGUGUGUCGUGAAGCUGAGGGACAGAAGGGAAAGCCUACUAUAGUCUACCACUAUUUCCUGAGCUCCUGCUUUGUGAAAAUCAUCCGACUCCAGAGAUACUCCCAUGCACCUUUGGAAAAAGGCAAUUAAGUCUAUUUAUGUAUAAUUUAUAAGCCCUGAUAGGUUUGCCAUGAAAAAAAUCCCUUGAUACCCUGCUCAUGACUUUGGAAGAAACUGACUAGGUUUGUGGUCUUUGCUAAAUUAGAGUAGAAAAUUGUGUAUUUGGAAGCUUUCUUGUUUUAGUACACAAGAAUAGGGUAUGCUGUAUAUGAUAAUAUGGGGCAAAAUAAGUGAGUUUAAAAGCAUGAGUUUUUAUUUAAUUAAAAUACACUGUUGUGAGUCAGUUGAAAAAUUAUUGUGAUUUUUUCCUAUUUUGGUUUAUUCGAAACAUUUGAGUUUACCUGAAAAUGAAGCAAGUGCAAAAACACAUCUUGAAUAAUAAUAGAUGAUGGAAUAAACAUAAACAAUUUUACUUUUGUUAUUUAUUAUUUUUGCACUAAAAUAUUUAUAUUGCAUACUUUUUCUUAAAAU